UGGGAAUAAAGUUGAAGUUUCCUCUUAUUCUUCAUGUGUAAAAAAUGAGAAAUUGACAGCCUGAAAGGACUCAGAUUCCUCCGUUUAUGCCCACUCUUUAGGGGCGUGUCUGGACUUUUUGGCUGGGGUGGCACCACUCGACCAGAGUACUUACACCUGUAGUGGUAGCCCUUACGUAUUUUGUGGGGUCUAAUAAUAAGACAAUAAUAGCAUUAUUUUCUUGUUUAAUUGGUGCAUGUUUGAACCCCCCGAACAUUUAGUGUUUACUCGUUUUAUUUGUGCAAAUGACUCACUCCCACGUGAAGUAAUACAAAACAGGAGGGUUUCCUUUCAUGCUGUUUCAGUCUGUUUUCAUCAAGCAUUGUUGAGGGUAACCACGUUGUGAGGAUCUGUUGUGUUUUUACAAUUUAACAGAUAAUCUAACCUCCUCACUCACUUUUCUCCCCUUGACUCGCUGUUGUUAAUAUUAAUUAGCUGUAUCCUAAAUAGGCCUGCCAUUUUUUAUCUGAAAUUCAAACCUUUAUUUGAACUCCGGGGUAAAAGUUCAUAGCCAAGCUCAUGCAAUAUACCAGUGCUGCAUGAUCCAGCAGAGGGCGCUCUCAUCGUAACCUGACCAGUCCAUGAACUCUUGACCUCAGUAAACUUAUACAGUAAUAUUAUUCUGCAAAAAUGGGGAACAUGGCCAAGCAGAGCUGCACUGAGCCAGCAAUCACAGCACCAAAACAUCCGAGGGGGGCUGUGUGGAAAUAUUUGGGGUUAUAACGGCAGAGGGAAAAAUAAACGACCAAAAGAUAGGGCUGUUUGUCGACUUUGUACAAAGCAGCUGCUUUGCUGGUCGAUGAUGAGGAGUUUGCUGUUUUUUUGGAUGGCUUACCACUCACAUGAAAUGGUGGUGGCGAAAGAGGAAGCAUCACUUUUGAGCGGCGCGACAGCUAGUGGUAAAUGCUCGUUCAAUGUGGACUGUAAUGGAAAACUGACCGCCCUGGUCCUGAAGCUCAGGUACUGUUAAAUUAAAUGAACCCCUGCUGAAAUGUUCUCAAUAUAUAUUACCCGGGAUUCUCUAUGCUGAUUGGCUAUCGUGGCACCAUUGAUUCACAGGGGUUCAGAUUUUACCGCUCUCAUGAAAAAUGAGGAGAGUAGCUGCUUGAACGUGUCGGUAAUUGUGUUUGUGUUUUCAUUCGGUGUGCAGUUUGGCCUCACACAGCCUGUUUUUCCUUAUUAUCUAACAUUUGAAUUAAUGAGAAUAAGAAAAUAAAUGAACUGAUUUAUAGAUAAUGGGAUAAUCUUGCCCUCAAUUACACCCUGUAAUGGAUAUUCAUCUUUCAAAUAUACUGCAGGGCUGUCUUUAUCGUGCUUCAUGUGUGUGUGUAUGUGUGUGUGUGUGUGUGUGUGUGUGUGUGUGUGUGUGUGUGUGUGUUGUAGCGAGAGAGAGAGCACAUCCUUUGUAGAUUACUCUUAAUGACUGUUGCUAAUUCAAUUUCCAUCUCACACACUUUCCCUGUAUGGCUCACGUGCAAGUUUUGUGUGAGAUCAUCGGUGCUUCAGAGCCUAUCAGUGAAGACUACAGACAAUGAGGAUAGAACGACGAGCGAUGUGAGACAGAAGACUGAAAAAUGGUUUUGGUGGUGUUGGAAAUGUAAGGGAUGAAGAGGAGGAGGAGGAGGAGGAGGAGGGGAAUAAACAGUGAUGGAGAGUGAGUGAGAGGGAGCGAGAGGGGGGAGGAGCACAGAGAUGAUUCCUCUCUCUAAUCCUGUAGACACACACUCGGUCUGGCUGCCUACUCGCUCAGAGGGAGAGAGAGAGAGACGGAGGCAGGUGGAGGGCAGAAGCAGAGAGAGGGAAGGAAAAAACCAAGAUGAAGGGAAGAGAAGAAAGGAUAGCUGCCCUUUGUGAACUACAUUGAGAGAGAAGAGAAAGAGAGGAAGAGGAGGAGCAGGACUGGAGAAACCAGUGACUGUUUGGAGCUCGAAGAAUGAGACUGAGAAGGACGAUGCUUGAGUCAAGCUCUGCCUGAUCCAAACUAGGAGAGAAGAAGAGGAGCAGCAGAGGAAGAGGAGAACGACAGGGUUGAACGUGGAAGAGGAGGUGAUGAAGAGGAUGGAGGAGUGCACAGUGAGCAGACACACUGAUCCCUGGUUCCUCAGGCUCACAUGAGAGAAUACGGACGAGCCUGCCCAGAGUUACUACAAGAUGCUGUCAAUGGAGCAGCGAGUGAGGGCGGAGUGUUAGUGUGUGAGUGAUGGGUGUGUGUUCACAGAAACAAAGCUGCUGCUUCCUGACACUCAGCAAAAGUAGACAAGUGCUCCAGGUGUGAGGCAUCUGACGGCGCAGCUGUUUGGGGCUAAACAGGGUCGUACUCUGCCAGAGGAGGGGAAAAAGGCAGGUUAGCUCACCUGAGCACGUGCACAGACUGAGAAAUAAACACCUGAGGGAGGGAGUGAGUGCAGCAAGGAAGGAUUCAGUCUAACAGUCUGAGGUGCUGGUCAAAACCAGGUUUCAAUUCAGGAUAUCAUACCUUUCAACACUGAGGUGCCACUGAAUUCCUCAGCUGCUCUUUGCACCUGACAAACCCUCUGAAGCCGCCGCCUACCUCAUCUCUGCACAACAAGUGGACUUAAAGACUCAGAGGGUGGGGACUCUGACACCAGUUUUGGUGCCCUGCUGACUCCACCUAAAGUGGGGUGCGCCCUGAUUCCCUGCACCCAGUGGAUACCUCCAGACUCCAACCAUGGGAGAAUGGACCAUCCUGGAGCGCCUCCUGGAGGCCGCUGUGCAGCAGCACUCUACUAUGAUUGGAAGGUGAGUUUUGUGUUGGUUGAGGGGUUCAGGAUAAAGCCCCAAAUCUGGCGUGAUUAUCAUGCACGCUUUUAACAGUGUAUGAGUGGAGUAAGACGUUUUGUCUGUGAUCAGUUGUUUGUCAGGAGAGUGGAGCAACAAGGUGCAGUUCAUGUUUAUAUCAGUGGACAUCAAAGCAUUUAUGCAUCAUGUUGCUGUCACUGCCAUUUUCUGCAGUGUUUUUCAGGAGCCAAUCACAUGUUGAAGAUCCUAACCUGCUGUUAAAAAAAUAACCUCUCAAACUCCCCCUUUAACUCUCAGGAGCAUACAGGGGGCCCUGGCUGACAUGCAUAGACAGACAGGCGUCUGUCUCAUACACGCAUUAGUUCUGAAAUGUACCAACAUGCAUGGAGUGCCAGUUGGUCUUACAAUUUGGGUGCAAGCCCCACAAAUAGAGGCUGUGGUUUCUGCAGGAGAAGAGAGACUUUGCAGCAUGAUUCUCUGCCCCACACAUUUCAUAUCCCUCUCAAUCUAUCCUUUCUAAUGAAGACAAGCCCAGUUGAUAAAACUCCAAAAGAUAUCAGCAGGUAUUUACUAUUUCUUUUCACCCAUGAACAUCUCUCGGUCACUGACAUGCUGAUUUUACUUAAAAUUGUGCGUGGCAAUUGUUGUUUAUGCCAACCGCACCCGCAGCAAGAUGACGGCAGUCUAUUGAUUGAUGUAUGCUUGUUGCUGUGAGGUUUAAUUGCAUGUCUCCAAGGAAACCCAGCUUCCUCAUCAAAACAGGGCAUGGUGGCAAAUAAAAGUAUCACAAUUAGUCUAAUAGAAAAAGAAAAAAAAACUUUUGUUACAUGUUGGCUUAAUGUCUCUGCUGUGGGAGCUCCCUGCCUUCCCCCACACAUAUGGACAUAUAGACCCCACACUGUGCUUUGGUGAUCCAUGUACGGAUAUGGAAUGGAUGAGUGAGAGCACACCUUCCUUUUGCUCCAUGUGCACACAUGCAAAGCCAAGGCAGAUUACACAUUACACACAUGCACCCACUAGUCUGGCAUGCUUGUGUGGACAUUUUCAACCACCUCAGUUUGGAGCAGACACCAGAGCAGGAAAAAAGUGAGUUGCAACAUGUUUUUAAUGCUGUGAUGAUAAACUAAACGAGCUGUGUCCGAAUAGAUCACUGACCAACCAUUGCACCACCAAACAGAGGGGUAUUUAUAACAGAGAACAACACACAUGCAAAAUAUAAAUCCUCCCCUGCUUUCAGUCAAUGCUUCCCUGUCAAACGUGGCUGAUGACAGAGAGAGAAAGAGGGGCUUUAGCCUUGAUAAUCCCUCUGAGUGACAUGAUGGAGGGUUAGGCUGCAGCAGGGACACUAUUAGUCCACACAGAGGCUUUGAACGUUUGGGAAUCGGGAGCAGUGUGAGGACAUUUCACCUUCCAUAGUGCCUUCAUUCACAGUUUUGAGCUGUGCUGCUGUCUCUGCUUUCCCUUGCUUUAAUUUCACAUCUGCCUCACGUAAGGAUGCCUCACCUCAGCGUUUCUCACUAUGUCCUUUGCUCUUUCUUCUCUCAUGUAUGAAGUCAUUUCACAACCAAAAGAAACAAGCGACCAGCGCGAGGUUACGGAAAUCAUGAUUAAUGCAUCCCUUCUACAUGCUGUGAUGUCUUGUAUUUUAGUUUGAAUAGUCGUUCUCAUCAACCACAGGAUGAGCAAUUAUUGAUGAGCACUUACACCACAGAGGCACAUCAGCGCUGAAGUUAGUAAUAGUCUUGAUUUGACAUCUAGUAAAGGCCAUGUUUGUAAGUUUGAGGUUUUCUUGGGACAUCUCUGCAAACCACAGGUUCAGCACGGGUUCAUUAAGCUCGGCUUGUAUUAGCUGUUCAAACCGAUCCCCCUGAAGCCACUCUCUGAGUGAGUCUCUUACUUUAUCGAGUGAAUAAAUGUCAGCCAGUUUGUGAGGGGAUGAUGAGGAAGGGUAUUUCAUUUUGGCAGAUGAUGAGUCGUCUCCUACUGACGGAGCUCUGAGUGUGAAUUUUUUCGUGAUGAGAUACAAAACUGAUGUGAUUUUGAGUCCUUUUCCGACAGAGCGCAGUGUGUUGGUUGCGCUGGGUAGUUGGAGUUGUUUCCCGUGGUGUUGUGAUGAAUAAUUGGUCGGCAUUCGCUCCCUCAUUCAUGAGACACUGCAGGCAAAGUGUCGCUCAUCAGCUGGACUCAUCAUCCUAGCUGCAGGGUAGAAAAGACAGGAAAAAUAAGGAGGAGAUGCACAAAUAAGAAAAUGAAAUCCACAACAACAGGCGAUAGAUAGCAGGAAGUAAGUUUGAUAGCAGUGAGGAGAAGAAAUGAGCAGAAUUGGCAGUGAGAGUGCAAGUUGUGACAGACGGGAUGCGUAUGAUGCGGUAAGAGUAAAAAAGACAGAGUGAAGGAGAGGGCAGCGAAGAGCAGCUAUUCACAGACAGGCGGGCAGACACAUGGUCUCUGUCUGCAGGGCGUUGGGAGGAAGCCAACAGGACUGUCUCGUCACGAGAUGGUGCUGCAUGUCAUGACCUGAGCAGGGCGGCUGGGACACCCGGCAGGCGGCAGAAAGAGCCGCAGAUCAUCUUCUUGCAGAUUAUAUCAGUUAUCCAGACAGUUGAAAUAUUCAGAUGGCUGGGUUGGAGUGAGGGUGGGGGUGGGGGACAAGUCUUCAAAAUAAAAAAAAAGUCAAUGAAAGACAUGAAGGAUUUCCUGCAGCCCCUGACAGUUUCAGUUGGAUUAAGUCGCUGAGUAAAUAUAGGUUUGAUUUACGCUCUGUCCACAAGUAUUACUAAAAAAUAUCAAAUCACUUUUGAAGUAAAAUUCUUCAAUACUAUUAACAAUAGAAACAAUGUUUUCAUCGUCCUACAUCUGGGUAAUGUGUAUAUAACCCCCCUCUGUUAGAUGUUAUCGUGACAUUAUAAGAAGAGGGGCCAUCGAUAAAAAAAACACUUUCAAUACUUCCAAUAUUCAAAAUGUUACGGCUCAUUUGAAAAAAGAAUAAAAAACACUAUCAGUUUUAUUGUUUUUUAAACAUUGUUAUCUUGAACCUGACCAGAUUUCCACAAAUGAUAAAUCCCUAUAAAAAACAAUAUUUCUCACAGACAACAGGCUGUCCUUUAACUAAAACAUUCUAUCAACACUUUAUAUUCAGUUUUCUUCAGUAAGAUUAGAAAACUGCUCCUUGCAUUUUUCCAGCAGCGUGGAAAUGAAAACAUUUGCAAAAUUUUCUCGUAUAUGAACUGAUGUACAUCAGACCCCUCAGGCGAGCAAGCUCAUCCUCCUGCAGGGCGGCUUGCAGCUGCCACGCUCUCCUGCUUGGCUUGUGAAUUGACUGGAUGAAUAAAACUCCUGAUUUGUUUUUCAUAGUUUAUUUGUGGUGCAGAGGGGUGCACAGCAGCUCUUUGGCAUUGUAGUUAUGGUUUGUUUUCCCCCUCAGCUUGAACCCGAUGUGACGUUUUGUGGGUUGUGUGUGUAUCUAUUCAUUUAUAAGAGGAGAACAGCAGUAUGACUCCUGAGACUGUUGACAAAGAUGCAUCUGAAAAAGCCUGACGGGAGUGAUUGCAACUGAAAGAUAAGCAUCACAAUGUGGGAUUUAUGCCUCUUUUUCUCGAAAUCAGUCGUGCUUCAAUUUUUGAAGGAAAAACAGCUGAGGAUUAUCUUUAAACCUCUCAAAACGCAGCUGUGUAAAGACACAAAUGUAUACCAUAUCAGAGUGGAGUCUCAUAAAGCAUCAGCAGAAACUGAGUGAGAUUGUUUUUCAUGAAUUUUUUAGUAGCUCCUCAAAAGACAGCUCAUUUGUUGUUGAGACAUUUCUCCAGACUGUUGAAGCGCAGCCAAGUGUGUUUUUAAUGACAUCUCUCCAGCCCUUCAUAGAAAAAAAGAGGCAUGUGACAUCCAAGAUGAUGCGGCUCCAAACAGUUUUGAGUCAUCUGAGUCAAAAUAAGAGAAAGAGGGGAAAGGCUGAAGCCUAAAACCAGUCAUCUGUUAUCAAAGCCAAAAACCAAAGGAGGUGACGUCUCUCAAGUUUACGGCUGCCAGAGAGGUAUGAUAGUGGGCUAAAAACUUGCUGAAUGUUGAAAUCUGCAGUUCCUCAAAUGCCCACCGGAGGCUGGCUCCAAAAGCAGCCAAAUCCCCAUCAACACCCAUGUUAUAAUGCCAAUUAAUGCCACUCACCAUGCCCAUGUUCGAUGCAGUCUAUUCGUGGUAGCUAUAACUGUGAAGAGUCACCUUAACUUUUAUCCAUCCUGGAGGUGUUUAACCACCCCUGCCAUGUUGAAAGAAUUACACUGAGAAUAAAUGUUUGGACUGCUAAUUACCACCAAGGUUUAUUUUCACAGGCAAAUAAUCAAUCAGGUACUAACAACCUUAAUCACUCUCUCUACAUUCCAGUCUCUGCAGCCAUUGAGUGCAUUUGGCUUGCAAACGGACAGACCUAUAGACUGUUUCAUUAGGUGCCCUCUCUUCUGUCAGGCGCUGCUUCCUAUUUCAUUAUUGGAGAUCAAUAUCAGGGAGGCAAGAGGCUUUAUCUGCGUGUUAAGCAUUCCUAAUGGCCAGUGGCAGUUUAGGAAUGGGACUGCAGCCUGUGGGAGUGUGUGAGAUAAGAUAUUUUUUUAUAAUGGAACAGAGCUAGAUCUCAGAUACGGCAUGCAGUCAUUAGUGUUAUCACUGCAGCCUCACUCUCCAUGCUCACUCUGCUGUAAUAGCCCAGAAUACUUCUCUAGCUGGAGGUGUUUCUCUACACUCAUAGUUUAGACACACUACCUCACUAUGAGCAAGCGUUAUUGGUGCACAACUGUGGGUGAAAAAUAUGGAUUAACCAUCACAAACAAAAGACUGCAGCUACAACAAGCAACAGAAAGCAAAAGACUUCAUGCAGUCAAGUGUUUUCACAGAUCCACAGAAGAGCAGAGAUGCACAUGAAGGCCAUGCUUGCAAAAGAAGCAGCAGUAAUGGAGCAUUUUCUGCCACUUAAAACAGAUUGAAUUUGUCUGGAGCUGUCAGAAAUAUCCAUAGAAGAAGUGAAUUUGAUGAGUCAAGCCUCUCUGAAGAAUUUCAAUCCAUUUUUGUUUGCUUUAACCUGUGAUUCAUUGUGAGUUAAUCUGAUCAAGAGAGAAUGUCCUGUCAAUUAGCACCACUUCAUAAAGAUUAGACAAAAAUCAGCAAAGGCCUGGUGCCUGUCCUGAGGCAGUAAAAACAAAGAAAAGACCCAGUCUGUGUUUAAGGGUUUAAGGUAGUUCCUUCUCAGAAGAUGAGCUCGGGUCCCAAAGUCUGAAACACUUUCAUGUAGGUUUGGAGUUACACACCCCUCAAAGCCCAUAACGACCUGAAUUAAUCACAGGUAGUAAGUGAACACGCACGCACGCACACACACGCACACACACACACACACACACACACACACACACACACACACACACACACACACACACACACACACACACACACACACACACACACACACUCCAGCACAUGUGAAUAUGCAGAGCUAGUUCACUGAGCUGAUGCUUCACUCACUCACUCGUAUUUUUGCCUGCACUCACACAUAUCCUGGGACGGGGAUCUCUGAGGCUAUUUGUAAUCUCACACAAACGAGUGUUAGAUUCCCUCUAAUGUGGGUGACUCAUGUAUGACGAAUGAACCCGGAGCUGCCGGCUGUUGUCAUGGUGGGCUCGUGAGAGCGCACACUGGCAUCGCCUCAGGAGGAGAAACCUGUCCAACGCUACAUCUGACAGAGAGACACCUGCUCCAGCCAAUGAGAUGAGUGAAGAGACGGCACAAGAACCAAUGGGUUUUAGGAUUGAGGGGGAAUUAGUGCACGUUUAUAAAAUUCAUGUCAGAGAGUGAUGUCCCAGAUUAGAUGGUUCUGAGCUUCAGAAAAGCCAGAUAACAGGAACAUGCGGACUGUCAGACAGUAAGCAAAGCUAAAAAUGGACGACAGGCUCUUUUCAGCCCAUCAGUAAUAACACCAAGUGAUGAAAGUGCCUCUCAUAGACAAAUAUUGAAAGAUAAAACACAUGCCGUAUUUGACAUCCCUCCUUUUUUUAAACUGGAGGUGUAAAAAUACCCUCUCUUUUGAUUCCCACUAAAAAAAGACCAGUGAGAUAAGAAGUGAUGUUUUAUGGAGAUUAAAAAAAAAAAAACACCCGAUAAAAAGUGAAUUAUUUAUGGAAACAGCCUGUACAGAUGGUGGAUCUGUAGGCUGAGUGAGCUUUAGGAUGUUUGUGAAGUAGAAAUCAAAUGCAUUAAGAUUAACAGUUUAUUUAAACUGUGUUCAGUGAGGAUCACGUAUAGUGAGCGAGUGGUUCCACAUCCUGCUUAUUAUCCAUCAACAGACUUCACAUCCAGACAAUCUGAUGCUAAUUCUGUUAAUUAUGAUGUCAAAGGGCUCGAAAGGGUUUAUGGUCACCCAUCAGGAGGUAUACUUACUGCAAACGUGUAUGUGUGCGUGUAAGGAUGCACUGAUGUACAGAUUGGCACAUUUAUUUGAAGUUUUACUUUAUAUAAAAUUACACACUCAGAUUUUUUUUAAAAUUAGGGAUAUUAUAUUAUGCUAUCCCUUGUGUGUGUAUUUAUCUGACCUUAAACUAAAGCUGAUACUGUGUUUUUUUCCCCUUUAAUUUAAGCUUUGUUUACCCAGGUUAGUCCCAUUAAGAUUAACAAUCUCUCUUGAGAAGGAGACCUAAAAUAGAGGAUUAAAAGGUCCUGAGAAUGCAAUGGAUACUGCCCUUUUCUGUGUGAUAAAAUCACACAGAUAGUGUGGUAGCAGGCCAAGACUUACCUCAUUAAUUAAGGUGUAUUAACCUUCAGGGAGAUGGCCUACUAGCCUGAAGGCUUAUUGGUUAAAACAGGGUGAAUAAAUUCUUGUUUAAUCACUCCGAAAAUGUACCUGCAUGCAAUAUUGGUUCAAGAAAAUUUAAAACCCUUACUUUUCUACAGCUGAAGACGUUGGUUUAAAGAAACAGUUUCACGAUCAAACAGGUAGUCUAAAGCUCACCGAGGACUUAAAUCUACUUUAGAUCUCUGCUGGCAGACAUUUCUACAACAGCUGGUGCUCAUUUUCAUCUUAGCCUUGAGUCUCUGAAGUGGACGAGAUCGAAAUUCUUCUUGAAUCUCAGCAUGCUUCUACACAUCAUAUAAGGUGAUAAGGAGCGUGUGUGGGUGUGCUCUUAUCCAGGGUCACACCUCACUCCGCCGGCUCGCUCAGCAUGACUCCCAUGAGCGUUGUCACACCGAAGCCCUUCACUCAUCUGUCAAGAAAGCAUAUGAGUGUGUGUGCUGCAUGUGUGCGCUCCUCCAGCACAGCACCGUGCACUGAAGUUUGCAUUGAAGCCAAAAACUGAUAUUUAUGAGCGCAGUGUGUGUUUGUUUACAGGUCGCAGCUCUGACAUCACAUGACCUUUAGAUCAUCAUGUCUUUAUGCAGCAGAUUCCCUGUGGAGUGUUCACAACCCCUGCGGACGUGAUGGAUGGUUUUGUUUGCACAGGAUGAGGCUUAUCUUGCAAAUGUGCUCUAUACUCCAUAAAAGAAGAAAGUGAGAAGGAGGCUGUGAUAGGAUCUCUCUCAUGUCACACUCCCUUGAGAGAUUUUAAAGAAGAGAUGCUCUGCUUUCACACUCCCUCCAUCCAUAUGUAACAACCCUGGGGAUGCUUUCCUCUCUAAUGUCACUGCCUCCUGUGUGCUGCCAUAAGAAACUGGUGAUUAAAAUGACCUCACAGCUUCCAUAGGGAGGCUGAGGCUCCCAGAGGGGGUAAGAUGCAUGUAAGUCAUAUUAAAAGCUUAGACUUUUCUUGCAAGCAUAGAGCAGCCGAUUAAACUUCAAGUUAGGUGCCAAAUCUUUGAAAUAAUCAUGUCAAAGGUUGAUGCAUUAUUAAAGACGCUGCAUGCAUAGCGCUCAUGUCAUCAAUGAUAGCAGAACUGAUCUGCUCUGGCUCUACUAGAGAUGAAAAAAUCCUGGAAAUGAGCACGGGUUGGGUGGGAGUUGGGGGUUGGGGCGGUUCUGCGUUGCAGCUUGCAGCCCUUCAGGACCGGAGAGCUACAAACGGCCUCUACAGGGACAGUUGGAGAUGCACGUUGAAGCUUGAGGAGAAACUGUAUAUAAUUAUGCUGUGUUUGUGUGUGUUCAUUUCUUCCUUUACAUCCACACACCCCUCAUUCCCAUUCUUGUUUCAGCAGCUUAUCCCCCAUUCUUGAUCCUUAUAGUCCACAUAUGCUGAGGUCAGGGUUGACAUGGUGCCUUCAUGCUGAAGGGUAAAUCGAUUAAGCUCUUCUUGCAAGUGGACAUGAGCAGACAUUAUGCUGUUGAACCCACACCUACACCCUUGAGCUGUUUACAAACAGCCACAUUAGUCAGUUUAACACCUAUAAGCUGAAUGACAGAAAGAUGGUGGAUAAAAAAAUUAACCAAGGUGAGACUCAACCAAAAAUGUCAGAGAAAGGGAAAGACAAACGGAUAAAGGCAGGGAUUAGUCCGAGUGAAGAGGUCAGAGUUGAGACAGAUUUCACCCUGCAGUGCUUAGGAGAGAGACUGCCCUGUUAGGGUGACUCAGGAAGGCUUACAGGUUUAGUGUUCACACCUCGCAGGAGGACAGAGCAGGUCAGUGUCAGGAUGAUACAGGGAGGGUUUGUUUAACGUGGAGAUUAUCACACAAUCGAAAACAAAGGACAAAACCCUGCAAAAACAGCAUACAGGAUCCACCAUUUAGUCACACAAUGCACAUGAUAUAUGAUCUUUAUUAUCAAUAAAGAGUUGCACAGCUGAAUGACAGAUCUUUAAAUAUAUGCUACAAAUUAAAGUGUCCCUUUAAAUGUUAUGUGUGGCCUCCAUUUAUUCAAACAGGACUAGAGCUGCCACAUUAUAACAACCUCAUGACUGUUUCUUUUUUUAAAGCUGCACAUAUAUGCUGUCAAGAGUCUAGAUCCUUCUUCUUUUAAAGGUUCAUGUGAUGAGAUCUUGCAUUGUUGGCUUUUAUUUUAAAAUAAGGUAAACACUAGGUCCAUUAACUACCAAGUUACUGGACUGAAUGAACGCAGCUGAAAGAAAGUACAUUUGACUUUAUUCACAAGUUACUACAAAUCGCUAAAAGGCAGCGUAAUCUUCAUCAAGUUGUCUGUGAUCCAUCUUAAUAUGUCAGAGCAGGACUUGAAUCCACUUUACCUUUAUCCAUGCCUUUUACUUAGUUCAGGGUGCUUUGUCGAACAUUAAGGCUGUAUUACAGGAGGCAGUCAGCAUCAAAGAAAACAAACAAGUAAUCACGAUGAUGGAAGGAGUGAUCUAAAGUCCAGCCACAUACAACUUAACUAGUUAUUUUAAUGAUAGCAAAAGGCAGGCUGUAUGACCUGCUGUAAAAUCCACUCAGUUUGUGAGACAGGUACAUUUCUCACAAUAAAAGUGUGUUUCUGCAACAUCCACCAGCUUGUCUAUCCCUCAGAGAAGUUCGGAGUAUUUUCAGAGUGUGUCUUGAUCCAGUCAUUCAAAAAUGAAGGUAAUCUCUCUUGAUUCAUGAAUAAUGUUAGAUAAAAUAUAGUUAUUUCAAUUGUAUGCUUAUGAAAGCUGCUAUUUUUGUUUCGGUUUGUCAACCAGUCAGAGGCUGUAUCUGCAAUCUGCUAACCUGUAAAGUUCUAAUCAGGAGCCACAGAGUAAUGAAGGCGAUAAAACAAAGUUGAUAUUGUUUGCAGAGAAAACCCCUUCCUCCUGUGAAUUUGUUGCUGGUAUGGUAUCACCGUAUGUGUAUUAGUUUAUCAGCAACAACCUAAACAGUACCAUAAGUGCUUAUAACUUUACGAACUGGACUGUGGUGAACUUCAGUUUCAGUUUCCAACACAGAGCUGUAAAAAUCACUGCCCUCCCUGUGAACCUGUUUUGGAUGGAUCGAUUACAGUUACUAUAACCCCUCAGGAAAAGUGUCUUGAUUGUAAAUCCAUCACUGAGAGCUAGGCUGUUUGUGUGAGUCAGUUUUAAAACUCCUCCAUGCUGGUGUGUUCAGGGACCAAGGAUUAAAACUCACCUGCCAAGCUGUGUGGCGUGUUGUCAGGAAAUCAAUACUUAAACACGGCAAAGUGAAAAGCAGUCCCUGCUCUCAUCUGCAUUAAUGCACCAUGAUAACAGUGAUGAGAUGAAUUAUUUAUCACAGGAGAGCUUUACAUCUCAGGAAGACAGUUUCUCUACCUUGUUGACAUGAAGUUUGCCAGGCAUGCAAACAAGUCAAAGGAAAGACGCUUGUCGAGAGUCAGGUGAAAACACUUUAAAGUCUUAACUGGUUAUCCCUUAUAGUGUCACAGUAACCACAGAACAGCUGGGAGGAAUUAGCGGACAUGAGCAACUUAACUAAAGGGUUUACUCCAACAUCAAUCAAAACAUCUACUAUGCUUGACUCUUUACAGAAUUACAAUUUACACAGGGGACACAAAAUUUAAAGUAUGCUUUGGAUGUAUUUAUAGUUAAUUGACAGGAGAUCUGCUAAUUCUGCUUAAAGUUAACCUUAGAUUAAGUAACUGUGGCAGAAAGGAAAGUCACCAUGAUCCAAGUCCAGUUAAAGACUAAACCCAAACACAUCCAUGGGUUGACUUCAAAUCUUUAAAGGCAGUAAUUUUUGAGUGAUUUUCAAAGCAGAAGCCUGAUCUGAUCUUUCUGUAGAGACACUCCCCUUGUUGCUUAAAUUCAGGAGCUGUCAGGAUGGUUAUUUGGUUAAAAAAAAAAGUGAUCUGUGCAGGAUAAAAAGUUGGCAUAAAUUGUGUUGGCAGUGGGUAAGCAUUGUUUGUAACAUCUGGUGACAGAAAAUAUAAGUCAUUUGCAAUCUUGGUUUUGAGUCAGAUUUAAGGGAGAUAGAAAGCUGAACACAUUUUCUGCAGGUUAAAUGUAACAGCUCCAACAUUCAAAUCACAGUGAGACAAAUGGAGGACAUAACAGUUAAAAUGACAUUUAAAGGUGUGGUAAACCUGCUGUGCUUACUCUUUAAAAAUGACUCGACUUUUUGCUGUCAGAUGAACACGCUCACACACAAAUAUUCAGGAUAACAUUAAAACAAAUAGUUAACUUUGAUCUCCGGGACGAAGCGAGGCUGCUGUGUUUGAAGUGUACUCAGUUGUUUUUUUUGUGCGAGCUCCUGGCUGUGUGGUUUUUCUCUUACUUAUAGAAACUGCUUUGAUAAUACAUGAUUAAGAGUGUUUUCACUUAAAGACUGAGUGUUCACAUUCUGGUUCGCUUUAGUUGAUCAAUAUGUUCAUUUGCGGACUGAUAUAUCCGCUCCUCUGCAUGUCUCUGAGCGUCUUAUUCUUUCAUAUGUCGCCUCGAUGCUUUAUCAAACUGCAUCUCCCUUUUUGAAGAUGAAAAGCGUGCUCUUCCUCCAUCGAUAUAUCCUCCUCAUCCUUACCCUUCUUCCCUCUCAGUGCUCAGCGCAUCCUCUCUCUUUAUCUGAGAUUGUUAGAGCCACUUAGACUGCAGCACAUCCAUCUCUUUGAGCAUGUUUGUGUUAGUAAAGACUGUUCCUCGGAGGCAAGAGACGCUGCUGCCGUUAGCCCGACUCCACAUGAAUAAAAAAUCAUACUAACACCUGACACCUUACUAAAACACACACCACUCACUCUGCCAGGACCAACAUACCAUAAUGAGACAUCUGAUUCACUGCCCCCUCACCUGUGUGCACACUCAUAACCAGAUGGUCCUCCAAAUAUACAAACAUGUGCGUAAGCAGCCUUGCAGCAUGGUUGAUAUAUUUACUCCUAACUCAGGGGCGGAAUCAUACUCACAGACACGUUUUCUCACACUUUUUCAUGCUGCCAGAACCAUCCCAGACUGCAGUGAUGCAUAUGAGCAACCAGAUAGAGUGUGACAAUGCAUUCGCACCUCCUCACACACACACGCUCACAACACACAUGAUCACAUUCACAGUUUCUUUAAUGAGGCAAGAUGUGUCUGUUUGUGUCUCAGCAAUAUGCUGCAUUCACGCGUCUCUCUGAGCCAAUAAUAAAAGCUGGGAGAAAGUCCUGGAUCUGUAAUAGGCUGUAAAGAUUUAACUCAGUGUCACAUCGGAGAAAAUUCUGUCCAAAUUUGGAAGCUUCUGGGCCACUUUAAGUCAUAAACACAGCAUAUUUCAGUGACUUUACUUCUUAGUUUCUAAACAUUUGGUGAACUUUUGCAGCAGAGCAUUUAGCCUGACAUGUCAGCUCUGAGUUUUGUGUGCCGAACACUUAAUUCCAAACAUUCUGGUGAACAUUAAUGCAACAGUUUGUGGCCAAAUUCAAUAUUUAAAAAAAAAAAGAAAAUUAAUUACUAAUAUGGAAUGAAAAAUGAAUACACCUUGCAUGAAUUUCAUACAAGACCAAGACUUGAGCUCUGUGUUAGCAGCACAGUGACAGCUGCCUGAGGCUUUGCCCACUCAUAUAUCUAUAUUUUGAAAUGCGGUUUUUCUUGUCUCCAUAAAAAAAAAAAAAAAAAAAAACCUGUCCACACCACAAUGCAGAAAUAAUUGAAAGACCAGCAUCAGCCACCUGUCACGCCAAAACAUUGUAGAAGAAGUUUGUGUACAUGCGUUAAGUGUCUCCUUGUGCAAGCAGCAACUGCAAACAAAUAUGUUCACUUGAUCCUGCAUAGCUACACCUUCAUUUAAACCUCAGAGUACUUAGCACACCUGAACAAACAAGCACAACAUGUCUACAUGAGCCAUGCACAAUCCCAUUAUCUGAACAUGCAUUUUUAUUGUGCACAUUCAUAGUCCCUGUGAAUUUGCUUUUGAAACACAUUACAAGCAGAUUUCUCAAUUUACUUGUUUUUUUCCAUGCAGGCUGAGGUGUUACCUGCACUUGCAUGCUGAUAUUGUUUAUAAAGAUAUACAUCUUUGCUGGGACACCUCUUAAGGGAGCAACUUUGUCAUUACAGCAUAUUGCAUUGUCCCUGCUUUUCCUCAUGAAGGCACAGAAGCCUGUGUGUACCUAAUUGGUUCAAUGCUGCAGCUAUUCACCGCAAAUGUAAACCAAGACACUUCCUUCACAAUAAUCUUCAAGAAUGAGGCAGAUUAAAAAUGUGAUGUGCAAAGCAAGAAAUAAAAGAUUCAGAUGUCAUUUCAUUCCAACUACAACACUCUAGUCCCAGCUCUGGAUCAUGCAGAAAGGAAAUCAUGUAUUUUCUCUCACUGUAAUUUUUUGGGGGGAUUUCUGUUGGAACGGCCACAGCAGAUUAGGAAAAACUGUAUAAAAAUCAUGGUUAGAGCGUUUUGGUGGCUUGAGUGUGCUGGGGAUGUUCCUGCUCAGCCAUGUGCUGUCUGCUUGUGUGUCAUGGAGGCUUCCUGCAUGUGCCAGAGCAGCUGAUUUGGUUGAAAUCUUGGCACAGGAUAGCUGCUGUGGGUGGGGAGUUGGCACGGAUGCAACACUCCCAACUCGGGAUUGUCGAAAAACCCACCGUUUUAAUCCGGAUUACGCCCAUCAUUUCCCCGCAGCGUGCACGGGUUUGCUGUAUUUCCCUUGAAUUGACCCCCUCCUUCUCUCCUCCCUGGCUCUCCCACACGUUUGCGCUCCUUCUCCCUCCUGCUGCUCUUUCUCCUGCUCAUGCCUCACCCCCUUCACCCAACCACCCAAAAACCUCCUCAUCUGUUGCCAUGGUGACCACUUAUGUCACUCCUUCUCACUCUUGCCAUUGAUCUGCGGUGAACCAUUGCUCUGAGUAGAUUUUAGAAAGUCUAUUUUUAAUCUCCUCUGCUGCUAUUUAUGUCUUCCUUCAUCGCCUAAUCUGUUGUCAGGGUAACUGCCGCCAUUAUCAUCAGAGACAUCCUGAAGUUCAGCGCACUCACAAAUCAGUGCAGCCCAUUUGUUAAUGUUGGUUAUAAAGUACAAAAAAAUCCUCUUAUUGUUGACUGAGCUUUUGAACAUGUAUGUGCAAAUCUGAAUUAUUGUCUUCCCCGAGCCUCGUCAGGUCACAUCCAUCAACACGCCACUUAAAUACCCUUUGUGUGUGAGUGGGUGUGAGUGUGUGUGAGGGAGAGAUAAAAGGAGAGGGACAGAGCGAUGGGUAGACAAGUGAACAGUAUUAGAAAAUGCUAUUAUUAGAUUUCCAUUUCAGCAGCUUACAGACGCAGGAUUACACACAGACUGUAACAUAAUAGAGAACUGCCAGUGACCACCUUAUCCUCGCAGCAGGGGUAUGCAGUAUUCACUGCGCAGAGUAUGAAGCACGGAGAGGAUAGCAACAUGUCUGCACCUUUGAUAAAAAACAAGAUUUAACUCUAAUUUCGAAAAUUGUUAGUACGUUAAACAACAAAACAAGAGCUGUGUUACAGCUGGAGAAACAUCCCCAACUAAUGAGGUUCAUUUACAUGAUAUCACUUAGGCUUCAGGGAGCGCUGCGUUAAACAGGCAAGACUCUGUAGUGGAAAUCACUGCAUGAGUUCAAACUUGCUCUGAAAACCUUUGUCAGUGAACACAGCUCCUUACUGCAUCAAGUUUCAGAAGCAGAACCACUUCUCAACAGCCCCUCUUCUAGGAUUCUUAGAAAAAGACCACAUUUCAAAGACCCCCAUGUUUACCUCCAGUCUUAGUUCUUUUUGCCUCCAGCAGAUGUCAACAUGUGGGGGAAAAUGACCACUGUGCAAUCAAGGUGAAUGAAAGUAACUCUGUAUUCCUAACAGGUGUACACUAUGUGGCCUCUGGAGGUUCUUAAGGCUUCUUAGAUAUUCUUCUAGGCUGCAGAGAAACUCUCUCACUGCCUCACCUGGAAUAAUAAACACCCAGAAGCCAAUAAAACCAUUAUGACUGGUCGAUUUGAUCAGGACUCAUCUUUGUCGUCUCCUCAGAGGAUGAAACCAACACCCGCUCAUGUCAGACACAAUCGGCUUUGUGACACCCUGAACAGCUGGAGGAGUGUGUGUGUGUGUGUGCGUGUGUGUGUGUGUGUAUGUGUGUGUGUGUCAGUGCACAGAGCGCUGUCCUCAGAGACUUCAGUUCAUUCUGUUUCGUGAAAAUUGUGUGUGUGUGUGUGUGUGUGUGUGUGUGUGUGUGUGUGUGUGUGUGUGUGUGUGUGUGUGUGUGUGUGUGUGUGUGAUGGUAGGUGGGCGGCCGUGCAGGAUAAAGGCCUGUCAGCAGGAGAGACUGCAGCCCCCUCACUCCUUCUGUCACUGGCCUGAAGCACCGGAACAACCCUUCUGCGUUUGUAGUGCAUGUGUGUGUUUGUGUGUGUGUGUGUUUGUGAGGACUCCUGUGUGAGGCUGGAAGCAGCUUGGCCCCCGUUGACCCGCCGUGAACUACGAGCUAUUGAUAAACCUUGGCAAAUGAAUACACAGACUGACAGAGGGAGAUUACAACCAGUGUUCGCCCAUAUUUGAUGUGACAGGAUUAGAUUUGUCGGAGCUGCUGCUUUGCUUUAUUCGGGUUACCACCUGGUAUCCUUAAGACACAAAACACAGACAGAACGUCAAAACACUCAGACGGAAAAUGAAUUCAGGGAAAAGAGAGAGAGAGAGGAUAAAGCUUGGGGGAAACAGACUGGGUGGCUUUCCUAAAUCACUACAAACACUUUACGCUAAACACGGCUGUGAAUCACACACUGCUUCACAUCAACAUGUCGUGAUUUUACUGCAUAUUUUAUCCUCUUCUUCUUGAAUGGCUGGCAGACGGAUGUUUAGAAGUAUGUUGCUAUUCAUCUAAAUUUUAGGCCAGGUUAAAUCUAUGACUACAUUUGUCUGGAUUUGCACAAGACAGUGUUUUAAAGAUCGAAGCUGUUCAUAGGAGGCAGGGGUAACCCACUGAAAAUGUGACACACGCCUUGGCUGGCUCGUCAUAUACCACAGAAACUGGCUUAUAAUGAAGCCCAUCCAGGGCUUUUUUUGUUUUUCCACUGAGGAUCCCUGUGUUCAAAUUUACACACAAAUUUACAGUGUCAUGAGUAAGGUCAAGUUUGUACACCCUAAAGUUUCUUACGUUGCUGUUCAGACUGUCAGCAAUGCACAGAAAACAGAGUCCCUGCUGGCAGCCCCAAAAAGUUUCCCAUCAUUCCCAGAGGCUGAGUUGUCCAGAUGGCCAGUGAGUUUGAAAAUGGCAUUUGUCAUGUGAUCAUUUCUGUCUUUUUGCAGAAAUGUAAAAAUUUUCAUGUAAGGACACAUCUGUUUGAGAUAAGUCAAGGCUCUUGGUGUAUGCAGAAACCGAUCGAUGCUGUUAGAAGACUCUGGCAUGGGAGACUUAAGGUCCUUACACACCAGGAACGAUCCAAAUAGGUCACGAAACUAUGAAAAAUUUGGAGGCGAAUUUUAACGUGCCUGACUAUACAUAUCAAGCACAAUGCGAUUUUGCGACUUUCCGGGGGGAAAAAAGACGCGUCCCAGGUGAAAGCAAGAAGAGUGGCACAGCAGCAGACUGACUGUUUUUCAGUUCUGAUUAAACACCAGUGUUGAGAUGGCUGUCUGUCAUGAUAGCAUGUACUGAGUCAGGGCGAGUACCAGAUAAGCACAUUAAACAAUAAUCCAUAAACGUAAGGUAACAACCGAGACCUAAUGGUGUGCUAACAGCAACGCGACUGAGUUUGAGACAGUGAAAAUACAUAUGGUAUGUUGUAUCUGAACAGGUUAGCUUACGAGCUAAAGUUACUUAGCACAGAUAAACAAAGACGUUUAGCAAACUGUUAAAGCACACAAACCAUUGUCAUUUGAGAGAUCCGACGCUAUGACUCUCCAUGUGUUGUCCUUCAGGUUGUUAUCUUUGUAAUGUUUGUGUCUUUUAUCAAAAAGCACUCUGUUCUCAGACAUGUAAACAAUCAGCCAGUCGGCCAUGUUGGAUAUACCUGUGAAUCUAAUGUCACAACAGCACGAAAUCUGAUCAGAAGUGGACACACAGUAUGCAAAACUUUAGAAAUUCGACCGUCAUACGAAAAAAUAAAUGCUGCAAUAUUGCAGGACGGGAAAACGUCGCUGAUGUGAACGCUUGUAUUGACAGGAUACGGGUUGGAAAAAAAAUGUUGACGUCCAAAAUAAUCACACGAAAAAAAUGCUCCCGGUGUGUAAGGACCUUAAGGUUUAGUCAGCCACACACCAGGUGUUUCUUUUCAUCCCCUUUUCCUUUUAGACUUUUACCCCUACCUUUAGACCCACAGUUUCAUAUUUGAAGUCUCAACUGACCAUACAUGCAAAAACAAAUAAAAGUGCUGAAAAUUCCUCAGUGGAGAGAAUGCUGUAAAUGUUAUCAACAGCAGGAACAGCAGCUACAUAUGAGGGUGUAGAAAGGGGGGGGAGGGUAGUUUCCAGAGAAAAGGCAGAGCAUAACGGUAGAGAGCAGGUAUUGAUGGAGGCCAAAGGGGAGGCUCUGGGGGGAUUAGCAGGUCAGCCAUAACAUUGGACUUGUUUACAUCACAGUCCAGAGCAGCUGACAGACCCCUAAGCCUGUAGAGACGGAGCAGAGAGCUGCUUUUUUAUGAUUAUCUGCCUCGAUUCAAUCCCAAAAUCUGAAACACAACAUGAUAAAAAACAUGAAAUAUGGACUAAGUAUCUAUAUUUUAAAAUGUUUGUGUCCUACUUUGAAACAAUCCUAUUUCUCUCGUUAUGGAGAGAAAAAUGGGAAAAAAUGAGCUUUUAUUGAAAGUUUCUAACUCUAAAAAGAGGUCAGUAUGUUCUGGUGAUCCUCAUUGGACUGAAAUUGAAGAAACUCCACCACCAUGGCUCAGUUUGGUCGCCCUGAUGACAUAAAUGAUCAUUUUCAUAAACUUCUCUGCAGAAAAUCAUCACCGCGCGUUAGAGGAAUAUAAUCAAGGUGGUCGAAAACAUUUACUCUACUCCUCGGCAGAAACCCUUUGCUGCCUAGCUCCUCUCUGCCUCCCAUCCUUUUCUGCCCCCUUGCCUGUUGCCGUGGUAACUAGCAGAAGGAAGCUGAGUGGAGGGGAGCUUACAGAGAGGGAUCGAGAGAGAAAAAGGGGGGUUGUUUCAGGUUUCUGGGUAAAGAAACCACAGCUACUCUUCUUCCAUCCUUCCCUUCCCCUUUCCUCCUCUUCCCUUGUGUUUCAUCUCCUCCACCACAUCCUCCAAUCUCUCCAAAAAUUAAAAACUCCUUUUUGAUCCUGGGCCAAUUAUUUCCUCUGUUUUGCCUCUUCGUCCUAAUUAUCCCCCAAUGUUCACCUUCUCCUGGCUUGUUUUUGUCAAACAUUUUUCCCUUUCGCUUGCAAUAUUUUGGAUCUUUCCUUUUAUUCUUUUUGUUUUUAACUUUUUCCUCAUUUUAAUCCACAACUUGAAGAAAACAAUGUUUCCAUGUGAGCAUUUUUCUUCAGAUUUGUUGUUUUAACCCUGUAAAAGUCAGAUGCAGCUCUUUCUAAUGAGCUGUAAUCAACUCCCACCUGGGCUCUAUUUCUAUUUUUAUGCAGCUCGUCUUCCAAUUAGCGUUCAAGUUUUGAUUUAAGGCAUUAAAAUCUACACAAUGUCAGAUAUUCAGCAAGAGAGAAGGAGCUGCAAUGCUGUUUGGCUGCAAGUUAAAUAAUGCCAAGUGCAUGGUGCUCCAUUGUUUGUGUUAGCGUGUGUAAUCGUAUAUGAGCGUGUAUGCACAUGCAUAUGGAGGGGCCAGAUAUAUUAGGGUCUCCCAGGUUGUGUGCAGAAACCCUGAUUAUUGUUCACAUUGCUCUAAACGUUUAAUUUAACAUUUUGACAAUGAACUGCCUGUCUUAUAAUGAGAGCUUUGAGUGAACAAACGCCUCCUCAUAGAAGGAAAUCCUCCGCCAGAUAAUCAGGAAGAGAAAGAGAGGAAGGCGGCAGGUCGAGGGUACACAAUUACUGGCGGAGCAGAGGCGUUUUGAGUAGAGCAGGCAUUAGAUUUUUGCAUAAUUACAGCCAUGACUGUGAAAACACAGUCAACAUAUUAGUCAAAGGAACAACAAACAGGGUCUGCUGGGAGCAGAGGCUGCGAGAGUGCAGAUAUGUGUCUGAAUGAAACAUCGAUACAGUCAACAGAGGGCUGAUGAAACAAUUGGUGAAAUACAGACCUGCCAAUACUCCUGACAGAAGAGUUAACACAUUCUCAAGAGUUGUAAUUUCUCCUUAUCAUCUCCCGAUUUCAUAAUGAAACCAAUCAAACGACUGGUCCUCAAUCUCCAUGUGGGAUACAUGUCACUAAGUCUGGUGACCCAGUACGACAGAGACAGGUAUUUAGAAAGCCCUCUACCUGGUGUACAGUACACCUGCAUCACCUCUUAAUGCUGCGGCUCACCACUCCUCUUCUCUCUGCUGAGCCUGGUGCUGAAACAUGCCUGGAUCAGGUCUCUCUUCAGUCUUUUUUUAUGUGUCAUGUUUAAUUAACGAUAUCUUUGUUUUGGUUGAUGGUCAGUGUUGGCUGGUCUUGAGUGAAGUUUCAGUUGUGAGUCAUGACCAUCACUCUUUCUACUCUGGCACCAAAAACACAAAAAGACAACAUUUAACACCAUGUUGUAGCACUUUUCAGUUUCUUAUGUCCCCUCCAGCUAUUACCUUAAUAUCACUGUGACAUCAGCUGUAGAAGGGGUCUCUUGAGACUUAUACACUUUUUGUACUAGUUUGUCUAAAAGUUAAGCCUUUAAAAUUGGGGUUAAUGAGACAUAUUAAGGCCCAAUCACAAACUGCCCCCUAUACACUCGCCCCUACACGCUCUCCCUCUGUUUAAGCGUUCCCGUGGAGGCUCCACUAUAUUGAAGGCCGUCCCAAAUCACAGAGUGCUGAGCGUGAGUGCACUGUUCAGCCCUUCAAUAGCGAGUCUGCACCGAUCACUCAGGCAGCAGUCGGUGCAGCUUUUAACUGUACAUGAUGUCCGUUUACUAAGAAAAGAAACGCUACCUUGCACAGGAUGCGUCUUUGUGUUGCUAUGGCGAUGAAUCUUUCUGUUUUCUGGUGGACUGAGGAGGGCGUCACAUACCCGCCUGUCUUGUCUAUACCCUCCCAUUUCAAUUGAGGCGCACUCCACAGCUGCGAGUGUAACUUCAUUACGAGUGACACUCGGUAGUGAAGGGCGAGUGUGUAGGGGGCGGUUUGGGAUUGGGCCUUCAUCUUUGGAGACAGCCCUUAGUGGACACUCUAAGUACUGCACUACCACAUUGGCUCAUGUAAUUAACAGAACAGAGUUUGCGUCUUGGUAAUAUCUUGAUUUAAUUACAAGAAUGAUGUCAUUGUUGUCUAAUUUAAUAAUUUUGAUUAGAAACUUGAUAAACAUUUUUGCUAGAAAUUUAGAAUUUUUAAGGGACGAGAUGAAAUCAUCCACAACAUGUUGGUUACCACAGGUGCACCAAAGUCAUCUCAAAUGACUAUACAACAUUUCAAAAUGCUUUUGUCAGUAUGAGCCACAAGUUUAAGGCUAAAACAAAUGAAAUGCAACAUCUGAGAAUAUGAAACGGACAUGUAAAAUACAGAUUUUUUUGUUCAGCAGUCACGUUUCUUAUUGAUAUUUCUUAAUGUGUCAAAAGUGAAAGUGAUUUUGACACGUUUAAAUGAAUUAACAGUUUUAAAUAUGUUUUAAUUGAAUGGAAAUUGGCUGUAGACUGGAAUGACAGUCAGAGUGGAACUACUGUUUUGUAUUUGUGCAACUUCUCCACUAGAGUAUCUUCAGUCCAUUAGAGAGUGUUAAAAAAAGCAUUGGAUCAAAUCUCUUCGGUUGGUUUCUGUUUCUAUGGUGUACUCUCAGCACUGCCUUCUCUUACUAUUCCCAGAGAAAAAAGUCUUCAGAGAAAACUGCAGACACAAUUCAGAGAUUAUUCAGACUGAAAGAUGGGGGGACAGGGAGUGAAAAAAGGUCCUGAGCAGGAGUUAAGAUAAGAGCUAAAAAAAAGAAGAUGCUUUGAAGAGGAAAGAAAAAACAGGUGGGGGUUGCUGUGUGGCGUACGAUAAUCUGCUGCUAUUCGAUGGCAUUAACAAAAAAAAAAACCUAAUGCAAGAAUCCUCUCUUGGCCCAGCCACAGAUUACAGCAGUGGGUUUGCGUGUGCAAGCUAUUAUAUAAUUCAUUCUCUGUGAUGAGAUUUUCCUGCGUUGCUGGUUUUCCUACUUUCCCUUUCUAUCUCUGGCGCGCUGUCCGAGAACUGGCAGGUUUGUCUUUUAAUUUGAGGGGAUCACCGAGCUGCAGUUUUUUGGUGCCUUAUAAUCUUUUUAUCCCUGUCUGGAACUAAUUCAUCUUGAACCGUAAAUUGACAUCUUCUUUCAGUGCUUGGUUAGUCUGAGGUUGUGUCCACUCUCCGUCUGACCACUGCUUUGUUGCAUAGAUACAUACAUACAGAAUAUAUACGUGUUCACAUAUGUGCUCAUUCAGUGCAAUGCUGCCUCGAUAGGGCAUUGUAAAUUCUCUACUCUCUAAGCUCCUUAAUGGAGUCACUACAAGGGCAAAUGCAUUUUCAUUGUUUUUGCAUAUAUUUCCUCCCUGCACAUGCAGGCUUAUCACAGGUGGGAGGAUUGGAAAUAAGUCUUUUAUUUUCAUUUUGCGGUCAUCAGUACUGACCUGCAGUUUUGAUGAGAGGUACAUGUGAGCCACAUGCUGUCAGACUCUGAAAAGGAUUAACGCUGCCCUCUGACUCCGCACAAGACUGGCAAAGCUGCGGCGCGAUUGGUAGAUUACCCUUCACACAGCCAAAUGCCAUCUAAUGAUUAUCUGCUAACAUCUAAAGUGCAGUGGAAAGCCCCCCUUACCCAUUCUGGAUCCACUGCCUUGUCACAAUGGGGUCCAGAUAAGCACCACUGUGGCAUUUUUUUAUUUUGCAUAUAAAAACCCACACUUAUCUCGAGGGGUAGGUGCAGGUGAAACAGAGAGAAGAAAUUGCGCAACAAAAAUCCCUGGAUGGCUGAUAAUCAAUUCUCCAUGAAGCUUAAGGACACUAAGAUAUUUACCCUGGAGUUUAAUACACAAGUAUAAUAAAAACAAGUACAAAUGUAUCCCUUUUAAAGGUGCUGUAAGCGGGGAGUAGCAAGAGGGGUGAGCGAGGGAGUUCUGUGACUAGAUAUUAUAGUGGCUAAAAAAAAUAUUCUUACUCUCUUUUAAUCCCGUCUUCGCAUCGACUUUAGGUGAAGUUAACCUGUGCAAAUGAUUUGAUUCACCUAAAGUGAAUCAAAUCACCUAAAGAUUAGGUGAUCCUGAGCAGGAUAAUUCUUACGAAUGUGUUUAAUGAGAAACAGCGUACUGAUAUUUAUCUCUAAGAAAGUAGUGCAGAGUGUUAUCGCAUCUGAGACUUUCAACAGGAAACAGUUAUUUAAACUGUGAACAAAAUGGCCAAUCAAAGCUUUUAAGCUGGAUAUGUAUUUGUCACCACGCAACAGUAUUGGUAAAUGCAGUGUUUUCUCAAACUUGCACAUGAAAGCAGCUAAGAAGUUUCCAAUUUCUUCAUCUUUGGCUGUGAAGCUUCAUCUCUUUAAAUUUAGACCCUCUGUUUCAUGCACAGUGACAUUUUUCAGGGAGAAAUGCAGCGCCGCCCGUCAGCACUGCCCUCAAAGCCAUUUUUACAAGUCAGCAUCUAUUGACUUGUAUGCAAACCCCCUUCAUAAAUCCAUGAUUAAUGUAAUGGGGUCAGGUUUUGAUGGGCAACUGUAAUGAUGAAUACUCUGCCUUCAUGUGGAGUAAUGACAGUGAUUUAUCAUUUAUGGGAUUAUCAUUAAUAUAAAUGUAGGCGAUUAGUGAGAGUUGAUCUCACAGUGUGCAGGAGUCGGUCUGAAGUCGGUCUGUCGGACGAUGAUGUGAGGCAGCAAUCAAUCAACAGAUUAACGGCAGAGUCCAGGCCUGUCUGCAGCCUGGACCCAGUCUUUGUUUGCUUACACAGAGCGAGACAGCCAAUGGGUUCAUAGACCGCAAAAAGGCUGCUAUCUAAAGUGCUUGCUUGGUCUGAGAUCUGAAAAAUAAAUGAGCUAUGAAUAAAGUACAGAAAGAACAAAGAGGGAGAUGUCUGCAAGAAAAGAAACAGCACAGGGGUGUGCAGAUAUGUUAUGUUCGCCUAAAAAUAGAUGCACAUUAACAUGCACGCACAGUGAAUCGAAGUGAACCUAAUUUCAGCACAAAAUAACGUCAGCACAUCCUUCACUGAAGCCCACGCAGACAUGGUACCAAACCUGCAAAUAAUGUAGAACCCAGUCUCACCUGUUGCCAUGGCAGUGAAGAAGAGAGACGACCUGUAGCCUGGUGUUUAUAACGGCAACAGCAGGUUGUGCACGUGUGUGCGCAAGCAUGUGUCAAAAAUAAUUACACCUCUGAUUUAAGUGACUCCGAGGUUGCUGUGGUAACAGGGCUUAAUGAUGCAGAAGACACCAAAACUGGAGGAGAAAGUCCUCUCACAUGUUUUUACCUCCUAAGACCAGCACAAAAAUACACACACACAAACACACAAUCCUGAACCACAGAUAACAGGCUGUGAGUUAUGAGCGCUGACGACACAUUCAGGCUCCUCUCAUAACUGAUCGUCCGCUUCUGUGUUCGCUCACGGCUGAUGGAUGAGAUCUGGAGCGCUAUUCUUCUCUGCUUCUUAUCGGGAGAAACACACGAACUUCACAGUAACACAGUGUUUGUCUCUAACGCCGUGCAGCGUUGUGUAUUAAAUGGCUCUCUGCCCGUCUCUCACUUCCGAUUUCUAUUAAAAGCAGCUCUGAUUCUUUUCAGAGACACCCUGCUGUGAUUUCAUUUUCCAAUCCCUCCUCUUGGACGAAAUUCUCUCUUAUUUCACUCAUGAUUGUGCGCUGCAUCAGAUUUCCUUUCUAUUACCCUCUUAACUCCCUCACACUUUAAGUACAUGUUUCCAGGGCAAGUGGUUCACAAUAUCUCCCUUUAAGUACUUCAACCUUCUCUAAAAAGUCAUUUUGACCAGUUUAUCAAAGCCACUUUUAACAGUGAAAGCCAUGCAUUUCAGGAGAGAACUGGUCAUUGUAUUGUAAGUAAAUUACAUGGCUUGCUGCCUUAAAGGAAAUAACGCAUGAGUUUAAGUCAUGGCAGUAGGUCCAUGCUUUGCAAUUUUCAUUCAUUCUUGCUGUAAAUCGAGCUCACAUGUACCUGCAACUAGCAGAAUAGUACAAACUGAUUGUUCAAGGGGCCCCCCACUCUUUCUCCAAGUUUCCUGCUCUACCCACUGUCUUAUCCUCUCAGUACAAGCCCAAAAAUACGACUCAGGGAAAGGACAAAAGUUCUCGAAAAAGCUACACAGCUGCAUAUUUAUAGAACAUUGCUGAACACCCUUGAAGAUCCUUGUCAGGAUGUCUGAUGCAUUGUGACGCAGUGAACCACCUGUGUAUCUGCCUUUUAACCCCCGUUCUCUCCCUCUUUCUCUUGCAGGAUCCUCCUCACAGUUGUGGUGAUCUUCCGUAUCCUGAUCGUGGCGAUUGUCGGGGAGACGGUGUAUGAGGACGAGCAAACCAUGUUCAUCUGUAACACUCUUCAGCCAGGCUGCAACCAGGCCUGCUACGACAAAGCCUUCCCCAUUUCACACAUACGUUACUGGGUCUUCCAGAUCAUUCUGGUGUGCACGCCCAGCCUCUGCUUCAUCACCUACUCUGUCCACCAGUCGGCGAAGCAGAAAGACCGGCGCUACUCCUUUCUGUACCCCAUCAUGGAGAGGGACUAUGGGGGACGGGACGGGGCGAGAAAGCUUCGUAACAUUAAUGGUAUUUUAGUUCAGCACGGCGGCGAUGGUGGAGGAGGGAAGGAGGAGCCGGACUGCCUCGAGGUGAAGGAAAUCCCCAACGCCCCACGUGGCCUCACUCAUGGAAAGAGCUCCAAGGUGCGCCGCCAAGAAGGGAUCUCCCGCUUUUACAUCAUCCAGGUGGUGUUCAGAAACGCUCUGGAGAUCGGUUUCUUGGCAGGCCAGUACUUUCUUUACGGCUUUAGUGUCCCUGGGAUCUUUGAAUGUGACCGCUACCCGUGUCUGAAGGAAGUGGAGUGUUACGUGUCCCGUCCCACAGAGAAAACAGUUUUCCUGGUCUUUAUGUUUGCGGUGAGCGGCAUCUGCGUGGUCCUCAACCUGGCUGAGCUCAACCAUCUGGGCUGGCGCAAGAUCAAGGCUGCCAUCAGGGGCGUCCAGGCCCGCAGGAAGUCUAUCUGCGAGAUCAGGAAGAAGGACAUGGCACAUCUGUCCCAGCCGCCCAAUCUAGGACGCACACAGUCCAGUGAAUCGGCGUAUGUCUGAUGAAGAGAGGAAAUGAGGAUGAGGAGGAUGAAUGUGCAAGAGAAAAUGAAUAAUUAUGAUUUUAAUUUAAUAACAAGGAAGGUGAGGUUGAACGAUACGACCUCUCUUCUGAGCUUAUAGUUGUGAAACAGAAUGUAAAGACAAAACCUCUGGUUUGAGGACUUGAAGAGUCAAAGAAGGAGGGAGAAAAAGACGAUACAAAACCAGAGAAGAAUUCAUAGGACCAAAAGCUCUGCAAUCUGCAGAUGAACACAUUUUGAUCUUUCAAGGAAAAUAUCCAACUGCCAUUUUAUACUUCAAUCUUUUUUCGUUUGACUUUUCAGACCCUCUCCCCCAACUCUUUCCUUCAAAGUGGGAAACUAAAUCCUCAAAUGGCAAACAGGGAAAAACUAGGGAUGAGGAGAACCCAGGACGGGAGUGGAGAGGCUGUUUAGUGUUCUUUGGGGAUAUCUAAAGAUGACGGCAGUGUUUAAUGCAUUACAUGGUGCUUUUCUUCUGGACUGUGUCAGCCUCGGUGGGAAAAGGAUAGAGGGGGUGGGACAGCGAGGAUGAGCAGCGGGCAUCAUUAAAUGAGGAACGGAAGGACUGUCAGAGCUGUGAUGGACCGGGGAGGGAGGUGAGUUUGUGAGGGUUAGAGAGGAGACGUCAUGCUCUACAGAAAACAAGUGAUACAACCAAGAAGAGUUUUUUAUUUUGUUUCCUUUCCACACCGGAGACUCAGUGUGGACCGAGGCCGAGAGAGUGGGCUGCCUCUGAUCAGUGUCAGCCUCGCCUCUGCUGAAACGUCGUCCAAGCCAAAACCAAGAGAAAAAGACUGACGAUGUUUACGCUUUGUCUCCUGACAGACGAUGGUUUUAACACAAACAGGAGUGAGCAAGUUCUAUAAACACUUAUCCUCUAUCUCGCUCUCUCUGCCCCGCGGUUGGCAGCUAUAAAGAUCCCAGGGACUUGGUAUGACAGUAAUGACCCUUGCUGCGCUCCUUCUGCGAAAACUUUGGAGAGGAACUAACAGACUAAUGGACGAGCAGAGAGUAAACAUCAGCCUCUCCUGAAGCACAAACCAAAUGAGCCUCUGUUCAGCUGAGGAAGGAAGGAAGGAGCGGCGGAGGAGAGGGAGAGAACAGGAGGAGAACAGAUCACUUUAUUACUUUACAAAUUUUAUAAAAUAUAUCACCAUAAGUAAUGCUUUUGUUUUUUUUUCUUUUUUCUUUUGAGAAAGCGAUGGUGCCAUCCUUAAGAUAUUUAAUUAUUGUUGAAGAGUUACAUAGAGUAUAUCAUGGUAAAAUAUUUAUCCAUUUAGAGUAUAUCCAGAUAGAUUUUAUUUAUCUUCUCGGGGCGGGUUGGUCGGGACAUCAUGUUGCUGUUUUUUUUUAAAUGUAUAAACUGUCUGUCUUUUUUCAUUUCUGUUUAGUUUGAAGGAUUCUUCACUGACGUGUUUGGGUUGGGAAAGGAACAAGUGUGUGAGCUUUGUUCUGAAACACAAUGAGGCUGUGCAGCUGAUUUUUUUUAUAUGUAGCUUUUUAGGAAAUCUCUCAACACUGUUACUUAACUGCAUUUAAUAUGUAAAACAACACUGCAACUGUACUUUUUUGUGUGUUUUCCACAGGGAGCCUUGGUUUUUUCAAAAUCAGCUGCACAGCUUCAGGCCCUGGAGGCCUGUGAGCCAUUAGAAAAGGCAUGUUUACACGGCGUGAUGUUUCUUGAAUGAUCAAGCAAUGUAAUGAUGAGUAGUUAUUCUAUAGGGACAGUUGUGUUCUUGAAUCUCAGUGGUUUCAUUUUGCAUUUCUUUCCUGACUGGAUUUCAACAUGCAUGCCUUGUAAGAGAAAAGAAUGACAUGAAAGAAAAUGAUAAAGAUGACGGGAGUGUUGCACCUUGAUUAAUGCGGACGAGUGGGAGAGUGGCGGACUGGAGGAAUUCGUGAUGGGAUCACACGGAAACUGAUGCAUCAUUUACUACAUGAAGCUGUCGCACUGCGGGCAUGUGGAACCAGACAUUUCAGCGGAUUGCAUUUGGCAUCUUAAUUAAAUUAUUAAACCGAUAUGAGCACACACAGAAACACACACAGGAACACACUGUACCUGCACCGUGCUGUCAAGGGUGUGUUCAGACCUUUAUGACAGGACACCAGACUUAUUCAGGGGUGGCAUAAAGUAAGCAUGCACAACCACACAAAUAAACAGCCUUUAGUUCCCAUUUCUAUCUCUAUGAAACAUAACUAUUUCUGCCUGCUAGGGACAUGAAUGAAGAAGUUUAAUUCUUCAGGGCGGCACAGCAGUAAAGGUGGAGGGUCUGUUGCUUUAUUUGCUGUCUUGUUUUUGGCAAAAGCACACUUAAAAAAUGACUCUUUUUUUUUUUCCACUGAAAAUCUUGCCAGAGGGAUAAAAGGUUUAAACUGUCUUCCUGCAGGAACACACACACUGCAUUCAGCAAUAUGCCCUUUUCCUGCAGACGUGUAGCUCAAUGUGGUUCCAUUUGUUACCACCAACCUGCAAGCUAUCUGAUUUUGGCCGAAUGUGGCAAUACUAACUGUGAGAUACAAACUCACCCACUACCUACGACUAAUCCAGCGAGACCUGCGCCAGCUCCCUCUGCUGGUAGCUUGUUGUCUUGAAUUAGUGGAGUCGUUCCAAUCAAACCAGUUCAGAAUUUUACAGUAUUUUUGACAGCUGGUGUGCAAUGAUGUUGCUUUUUCUCUAAUGCACUUGUCUUAUGAAAAAGAGUUCAAAUUUAGAGUACCAACAAACGCAAAUGUGCAAUUUUCAGUGCUACCUUUGACCAAUCAUAGCUUAGUACUUUCAGAUAUCAAGGGGGCCCAUGCCACCCUUCGCCACCCUCCUGGACACACCCCUGUUCCUCCUCUGUGAGGACGAGGAUCCUCUGAUGACUGUGAUGAACCAAUAAAACUACAAAGCAGUUUGAAUGCUGCUCUUUAAAUCAGAUCGUUACUGACGUGCAGGAACAUAACUGAUUAAAAUCCGAUCCAGCUCAUGAAUCUCAAACACUGCAAACUUAAUGGCCUUAUGUAGCUUGACACUGCAGCAGCUCAGCACUGCCAUAAUAUGGGGUUUGAUUGAGUAAUGCACUAAUGCUACUCUCCCCCAGAGUUCCUACAACACUGCAUCAACUCAUUAGAAAAAUGCACAUAUACUGUACAUCACAUUUGAAGCUACAAUAGUUAGUGUAUUGCAAUGUCAGCUGUGUGAAAUUGGGUAAAAAUCUCUUUGUAAAUAGUGUUUUAUGUAACUUAUUGUUUAACUGAUUUAUUCAACUUGCCUUAUCUGCUUGUACUUGCUACAUGCCUUUGGACAACUCCUUGGAAACUUGGUGUAAAGCCGUAACAUAGACAGGUAGUGAAAGAACCGUGAGUCAACAUGACCUCUUCCAUAAUAACAAAGACAAAAUUUAACUUUUGACAGAUACUCCUUUCAGCAGAUGACCAAAGCACCACUGUAAAUCAAAAGGGAGGGAAGUGUAUGUAUUCAGAUACUGUAGAGGCUGCUCUGCAAACACCCAGACAUGACAGGACAUUAUGUAACAGCCUGUGGAGGAUAAACACACGUUCUCCAGAGCUGCAGAUCGCCUUGAGUCACAACAGCCGAUGUAUGAGAUCGAUCCAUCAAACUCUCUCCUUUAUUCACAGCCUUUGUCAUAAUCUCCAUGAUUCUUACAGGUGAUUAUCCCCAGAUUUAGACUCCUCUGGGGAUCUCCCUGGCUCAACAGAAUCCUUCAUUGUGUGCACCGAGAAGGACAAAUAUGCUCACAAGGCACGCCAGAGCGUCUAAUACCACCGGCUAAAUCACGGCUUCCUUCAUUUACAGAGACCCUUUGCUGCUAGCGAGGGCUUAAACGCUGACCUUGAGCUGUAAGGCCAAGCCGAUGUCCUGUGCUAUACGCAGUCACUGUGAAGAACAGAUCUAAUCUCCACAGGGAGCAGGUCAAUGCGGUGUGAGGCCUAUUUUUAGUGAAUGGUACUUACAAACAUGCAUAAUAUACAUCCAUUCUGAGAAAAAACAAUCCUUGGUGGGCGGUGGUUAAAUUUGCGUUCUUCCUGUUGGACUCUGCCGAUGUGUCUGGUUUCAUUCAGGUUACAAACACACAAACAGUGUGCGGAUGUAGACGGCCAUAAAUGUGUCCUGGUCUUCUUCAGUUUACAUUCAUCCAGCGUUCAAUCGUGACUCACGGCUCCUGAAGUUUUACAGUCGGUGGGUACACAGCUUUCCAAAGAAGAAGCGACCCAGCUUUUCCGACAGUCCACCACUCCCCCACCGUCUCUUUUUUUUUCUAUUUGUCAAUGUGAAAUGAAUUAUGCAACUUUUUUUUUCUCUUUUUGACUUGUGGAUUCAUUUUGUUGUCUGUUGCUCUUUUUGUGCAGUGACAUAUCAAAAAAGAAAGAUGUUUUUUUUUCUAUGUAAAGGAACAAAAAGUUUUUUAUGUUUAAAAUCAAGGGUAGAAAGUUGAAAUAUAAAACUAGCAGAAAAAAAAGAACUAAUAUUUCUUCCCUUGCCAAAGUGAUAUGCAAAAUUACAUUAAUUUUCAAAGAUUUUUUAAAUGCAUGUGUAAUGGCUAUAAUAGCAUGUUUCUAUGUUUUCUUCAACAGAAUCUUUACUGAAAGACUUUUUUAGUUCAAACUGUGGAGCGAAGCUAUUACGUCUUGAUGCCAAGUGUGAUUUUUAACAACCUAGUUGUUCAGAUGGUACAGAUCCAGGCAGAUUAAUCCAACUCAGUGAUGUUAAAACUUACGAUUACAGGUUAUCUGUCUCAGUUUCUACUCCAGGAAGAUUAUUUAAACCACAAUGUACAGAGAAAUCUUUCCAGUUUUGAGAAAUUUGCACAUGAAUUAAAAACUUUAUAAUGUUUUGAAUAGAUUUUCAAUUUAUAAGCCAGUCAGUCAAGCGAUCUACUGUAAAACACAGGGUACACAGUAAAACAAGCUUAGAGGUAAAAACACUGACAUAGAAGUCAGGUAUGAAGACAUUCCAGGGUUUAGUCCCCAGCACAAUGUGUUUCGAACCUGCGAUAAAGAGCCUCAAAGUUUUAAACAUGAGUAAAACCUCAGCGAAGCUCCUCAUGGAGAACAAAACGGGGUCCAGUACACAAAACACAGACUCAGGAAAGAAAAUGCUGAACUUUUACACCCACCUUUUCUAAUCUAAGAUCCAGUUUUUACUAUAGUAGUUGAGAAACUUUGAUAGAAAAAUAACUACAACAUUUCACCGUCAUCUUAAGCUGGAUUUGAGAAGUGGACGACGCCACUAUGGUGUUCCCCCUUUUUUUUUUUUGCUGUACAUCACUUUCGAAUCCUUCAUUCCCGCAUCUAAACCUUCUUCGUUUUUUUAAACAGAAAGUGACUAUAUUUAUCCAACAAGGACUUUAACUUCUCUACGGCCUCUUUAAAGUAUGCACUCCUAAAAAUUUCCAGAAAUUUUCAAGGGUUCUGUCAGUAUAGAUUUUUCAGGAAAUGCAGCUUUUGAAGUUUCAGCUCUGUAACAGUUUCCAUCUUGGAUUUUUGAGACAUUUCAUUUUUCUGUGGCCUCUUUCGCAUAUGCACUGCUGAAGUACAACUUUUACACAGUGCAAACCCUUUCUGAGUUUGCACUGCAUUGUUUUUAUUCAUUCUCCAACAUGACGCACUAUUAUGGCUUCUUCUCAGUGAUUAAAGAGUGCUGCUUCUGAAUCUGCUGAAAUUUUCCGAAGGGUAAAACUGGGGUGAAGAUUUCGACUGUUUGUGUCACUUGUGUAUCUUAGCUCACCUGGAAAUUUUCUAAAAUAUUCAGGACUUUUGUGACAUAUUAAUCACAGCUUGUGUUUGUUGCGGUUUAGCCUUGAAGCACGACACUCUUUAUCGUCCAUUUUACUGUUAACAGAACUAUAGUUUCAGAAAUUGACAUUGUGCAGUAUUUAAGAAGAAUUAUGGGGAAAAAAAGAUUAAUAACACAAUUUGCCCCCUGCAGGCCGCCAGAAAGGAUACAGGUUCCAGAUUUUGAGUCUCGGCUUUGCUUUCGAAACCAGAGAGGCUAAGUCCACUUCUCACACAAAGUCUCCCUCAGCAUACUUUCCAUUUACCAUUGAACUGUGUACUGUAGAGACUACUAAACUAAAGAUCAUCUUUAAGCCUGACUAGUAACAUCCAGGUGCUGUUGAGGUUCGACUCUUUACCAAAAACUAGUCUCGAAACACAUUUCCUUGUGUUCAGCAAAUGACUGCCCUACUUCUAAGCUAUGUAGCAAUGCAGGUUUCAAAAACAAAACAAACAAUUUGUGACUGUUACUGACAAACAGGCUUGUGCAGAUGUGAUAUCAUGUUUUAAUGAAUAUGUCCAUUAACUAGCAGAACAGUAGCAAACAAUUUGAGUCCUCAGGAUUGCAGCGUGUACAUAAACUGUUUCAUUCAUCAGUCUAGAGCUCACUGAAGUACAAAUUUACUCUUUAUACUGCUGCCAAAUACACCUCAGAAUAAUAAUUUCAUAGUUUGAAUAUGAAGCCAAUCUGAAGGGCUGGUUUGUCAGCCUUGAGAAAAUUUUGCUGGGCUUCGAACUUUCCAAAUUAAAAGCCAUACUUUGCAGGGAAAGAAAAAGAUGUUUACAUCAUGACUUGGUGAAUCAUGCUGAUAGAAUACAAUGUGCACUCAUGGGCCAAUCUUAAUCACAUUCAUUAGUAGAAAAGCAGAUAAUCAUUUAUGCAUUUAGAUCCAAAUUGUAUCCACUAAAAAGCUUCUUACAGCAUUUAAUGAAAGAGAAAAAUGUAAGUUUUACAGCCCUGUUUAUCCAGAUGUUCAAUGUAAUUUUCAUUUCUGUCUAAAAAUAGACCUACGCUCCCUCCUCCCCCCUCCAGCCCUGUCAGAUGCUGGUGCUGCUUUUCUCUGGUCUGGAUUAGAACCACUUCUGGGUUCAAAAACGGACCUCUCAGUCUGCUAAUCUGCAAUAAUAUCAAUUGUGAUUACUUCAUCUAAUUACACUGAGUGGCAGACACAGGCUGAGUGGAAUUAAGCCAAAUAGCUUUCAGGCAUCCCUCUGUCUCUCUCUCAGCAGCUCCGGGAAUACCUACUGGCUGCAGGGUUUGAGGAUUAAGUUUAUGACCUGAGAAAACCCCUCUUUAAAAAUCUGAACUGUGCAAGUUGUCUGGUUUAAAGUUGGGGGGACGAAAGGACCUUUCACCUUUCCACUUAUCCUCAAAGACCUCUUAAGCUAAGACCCGCCGCCUUUGUGGUGUGACGUGAGUUUGUAAGCUGAGUGAGAGUGGAGAUGUUACAGUAAGAGGGACGACACAUGAGCAGUGGCAUGUCGGGGGAGAGGGGGAGCAGCGCAAGUUUAGCCAAUAUUUGGCACCAUGUAAAGGAUGAUCAUAUCUAAGAGGAAAUAAUCGCACAUCUCUGCCCUCGAAACUUCUUCUUUGUAGCUUCUGCUGUGUCUGUACAGAUGUAAAAGCAUGGACUUAAAACAGAAACAAUGGAACACAUGCUCACGCUUUGUAAUCCUCAUCUAAAAAUCUGUCCACUGCAGAUUUAACGGUGUAGCCGACGAACCUUCGUGGAAGGUUCACUGUAUAUUUCUGACUGGUGUACUGUAUGUAAAGACUGAAUAAAACCUUGAAUGUUACUUCAAGCUUGAACUGA